AUGCAGUUAGCUGAUAUUUUUACAAAGGCCUUGGAUGCAAAUCAGUUUGAAGUCCUGAGAGGAAAACUAGGGCUUUGCAUUUAUGAAGACUUGCAGCAAUUAAUAUGGAGUGGGAAAAGUAAGCAAAUCAGUGUCUAUGUGGCUAAAAUAAAGUGCCCCCAUUAUGCCAAAUCAUCACCUAGUUUUGGAAAUACCAUCUAUUACGUCUUCACACGCUACCCCCACAACUUCACUACCUACUCCAUCUUCCUGCUCCUUCCUCACACACCUCUACUAGGGAAACUACACUUUUUCCAUAAAAACUCCAAAAUGUCACAACAUCAAAAUACUUCUACUUCAAAAACUACUAAGUCUAUUCAAAAGGUUAGCGCUCCUUCCAUGGACAUUUUCGAUGAUGAGAUUCUGGAUGUGGUUCCUCUAUCAGUUAUUCUCUGUGAGGUCCUUAAUUUGAACCAUCCCAUGGAUGCCUCAGCUUCUGCAUGCCCCAAUCAAGGUAACAUCUCUAGUAUCCCUUCUGGCUCAAUUCCUGCCACUAAUUCUAAGGAAGAUAUACACCACACUGAUCGUGUUAUAAGAAACCUAGUCAUUAGAAUCCUUAAUGAAAGACAUUCUCUGAAGGGAGUCUCUACUCCCCUGUCUAAAAUGUACCCAUCUCCUAAGGUUGAACAACAUAGUGAGAAGGAUGACGAUUUCUCUAGUUCUGAGAAGGACAUGGCUGCUGAAGGGUUGUGCUCUCUAGGGCAAACUGUGUCUGAUAAAGGAAAAUAUGUGGCAUCUAAAAUUGUCGAUGCUUCCCACUCUAAGAAGCAUGAUAAUGCAAACGAUGUGAAUGACCUAGAGGAUGAUAGGUCUGAUGAUCAAGAGGAUAACUUACUUCAUCAUUUAAAGCCAAGUGUGGCUAAAUGCACGAAGACUCGAAAAGGAAGAUCUGUGGCUGAACUUAUGUCAGCUAGAAAAGCUAAGAAGACUGUUGGUAUUGGGCCCUCCAAAUCUUGGAGCAAGGUUGAAGUGAAGAAGAGGAAGGUUAGAGAAGAUUCUGAGUCUGAAGAGGAUGUUGAGGAAGAUAUCCCUGUCAUCUCUCCUGUGAAGAAAAUCAUUGUGAGGAAGUCUCAUGUUAAAGUUGCUGCUGUGCACUUGGAUAACAUGUCUUUCCAUCUUGAGGAUGGAGCUGCCAAGUGGAAAUUUGUGAUUCAAAGAAGGGUGGUUGUGGAAAGGGAGUUGGGAAAAGAUAUUGAUGAAGUCAAGGAGGUCAUGGACCUGAUAAAGGCUGUUGGGUUGUUGAAGACUGUGGCUGGGUUCUCUCAAUGCUAUAAAGGUGAAUUAGAAGCUACAGACAAUGAGGUUUGUAGACAGAUUACAACUAGGCAGGUGAAAUGUUGGCCUAUUAAAAAGCAUCUUCCUGCUGGGAAGUUGACUGUCAAGUAUGCUAUAUUGCAUAAAAUACGAGCUGCAAAUUUGGUGCAUACCAACCAUAUUUCCACCAUUGCUAAUACCCUUGGAAGGUUUAUUUUUGUUGUUGGAACCAAAGUGAAUUUUGACUAUGGUAGAUUUAUAUUUGAACAAAUCAUCAAGCAUGCAUCUACUAAUGCAGUUAAGCUGCCUAUUGCCUUGCCCUCUAUGAUCUGA